AUGGCCAAGAACAGUGAUAAAAACAAGACAAACAGAAUUGCGAUAAUCACACCAGAAUUAUGUAAGCCAGAUAAGUGUGCACAUGAGUGUCGGAGACACUGUCCAGUAAACAGAAUAGGGAAGGUGUGUGUUGAGGUGAAGGCUGUCUCUGCGAUAGAGGAGUCUCUUUGCAUAGGAUGCGGCCACUGCGUGAAGAAGUGCCCAUUCAAUGCCAUUGUGAUCGUGAAUCUGCCUAGUGAGUUGAGCAAGGACUGUUCUCACCGAUACGGGGCAAACUCGUUCAAGUUGCACAGACUUCCGGUUCCGAGGCCAGGAAAGGUCCUUGGACUCGUUGGAACCAAUGGAAUUGGAAAGAGCACCGCCCUGAACAUUUUGAGUGGGAAAAUCAAGCCAAAUUUCGGCAGCUUUGAGAGCCCGCCUGAAUGGGCCGAGAUUCUCAGAAGUUACAGGGGUAGUGAGCUACAAGGGUAUUUUACCAGGCUGAUUGAGAAGAACCUGACUACGAGUACCAAAAUGCAGUACGUUGAUAAAAUACCAGCAAUAUUGGAGAAGAAGUUUGGUAGGAAGGAUGUUACGGUGGAUGAGAUGCUGGAGAACUACGAUGCAAGGGGAAUGAGGGAGCAUUACAGCAGGAAGUUUGAGAUUGGGAAGCUGGGAAGCAGAAGACUGCGAGACCUGUCUGGUGGAGAGAGACAGAGGUUUGCGCUGGCUGUGACGUGCAUGCAGAAGGCGGAUGUCUACGUCUUUGACGAGCCAACGAGCUUCCUGGACGUGAGGCAGAGGCUGACGGCAGCCAGGGAAAUAAGGCGACUUGCUGAGGAAGAUGGAAAGUACGUGAUUGUGGUAGAACACGAUUUGGCCAUUUUAGAUUUGAUGUGCGACUUUGGAUGCGUUCUCUAUGGCCAGGCAGGGGUGUACGGUGUCAUAAGUGCCCCAUUUUCAAUCAAGAACGCAAUCAACAUAUUUCUGGAUGGAUUCAUUCCUACUGAAAAUAUGCGAUUUAGGGCAAGUGCCCUCAAAUUCAACAUCCAGGACUUGGAUGAGCUUAGGAAGGUGAACAAGCAGCAGUUUCAGUACAACAGCUGCAUUAAGACGUAUCAGAGUGAGAAUGGCAGCACAUUCAGACUUGUGGUGGAAGCAGGGCACUUUUCAAAUUCUGAAAUUGUUGUUCUUUUGGGGGAGAAUGGAAUGGGGAAGUCGACGCUCGUUGGGCUGCUUAGCGGGGCCAUUGGCCCCGAUGGAGAGGGAAAUGGGCUCGGAGUCACCUCCUCUGUCUCGGUGAAGCCACAGAAAAUAAUGCCCAAAUUCAGGGGCACUGUCUCUGAUUUGUUUACGAAGAAGUUGAAGGGAAAGCAGCACGAUGCCACAUUCUGUAACGAGGUGAUCAAACCACUCAAAAUCGACUAUUUGAUGGAGAGUCAGGUUGAGUCUCUUUCUGGUGGAGAACUGCAACGAGUUGCAAUUGUGAUCUGUUUGGGGAAGGAGGCCGACCUCUACUUGAUUGACGAGCCAGCUGCCUUUCUUGAUUCUGAUCAGCGAAUUGCUGUCAGCAAAGUGAUCAAGAAAUUCGUAUACAGCAGAAACAGGGCAGCAUUCAUCGUAGAACACGAUCUGAUUGUUGGGACGUAUCUUGCUGACCGUGUUGUUGUCUUUGAUGGGAAACCAGGAAAGGAGGCCACUGCUAGUGCAUCAAUGGACGUCAAGGAUGGGAUGAAUGUCUUCCUCAAGCAACUGGAUGUGACAUUCAGAAGAGACCCAACCAACUUCAGGCCACGAGUCAACAAGCCCGAUAGUGCCAAGGACAGGGACCAAAAGGAAUCAAACAACUACUAUUACGCAUAG